AUGGCAUCGGCCGCGAACCUGGUCACCUGGCUCCUGUGGGGUUACUUACUGGAGCUUUGGACGGGAGGGCACACGGCAGAUACCCCUCACCCCCGCCUACGUCUGUCACAUAAAGAACUCUUGGAUCUAAAUCGAACAUCAAUCUUUCAUAGUCCUUUUGGGUUUCUUGAUCUCCACGCAAUGCUUCUGGAUGAAUAUCAAGAGAGACUCUUUGUGGGAGGCAAGGAUCUUGUAUAUUCUCUCAGUUUGGAACAAAUCAGCAAUGGCUAUCGAGAGAUACACUGGCCUAGCACAGCACUAAAAAUAGAAGAAUGCAUAAUGAAAGGAAAAGACGCAAGUGAAUGUGCAAAUUAUGUUCGAGUUUUGCAUCACUAUAAUAGGACACAUCUUCUGACCUGUGGUACUGGAGCUUUUGACCCACUUUGUGCCUUCAUCAGGGUUGGAUACCAUUUGGAGGAUCCCCUGUUUCAUCUGGAACCACACAGGUCAGAGAGAGGAAGGGGCAGGUGCCCUUUUGAUCCCAGCUCAUCCUUCAUCUCUACCUUAAUCGGUAGUGAAUUGUUUGCUGGCCUCUACAGUGACUACUGGGGCAGAGAUGCCGCGAUCUUCCGGAGCAUGGGUCGAUUGGCUCAUAUUCGCACCGAGCAUGACGACGAGCGCCUGUUAAAAGAACCAAAAUUUGUAGGUUCAUAUAUGAUUCCUGACAAUGAAGACCGAGAUGACAACAAAGUGUAUUUCUUUUUUACCGAGAAGGCCCUAGAGGCAGAAAACAGUGCCCAUGCAAUUUACACCAGAGUGGGGAGACUCUGUGUGAAUGAUGUGGGAGGACAGAGAAUACUGGUCAAUAAGUGGAGCACAUUCCUCAAAGCAAGACUCGUUUGCUCAGUACCAGGAAUGAAUGGAAUUGACACGUAUUUUGAUGAAUUAGAGGAUAUUUUCUUGCUACAUACCAGAGAUCCUAAGAACCCAGUGAUAUUUGGACUCUUUAACACUACCAGUAACAUAUUUAGGGGGCAUGCAAUAUGUGUCUAUCAUAUGUCUAGCAUCCGGGCAGCCUUUAAUGGACCAUAUGCACAUAAGGAAGGACCUGAAUACCACUGGUCACUCUAUGAAGGAAAAGUCCCUUACCCAAGACCUGGUUCUUGUGCCAGCAAAGUUAAUGGUGGGAGGUACGGAACUACCAAAGACUAUCCUGAUGAAGCCAUCCGAUUUGCAAGAAGCCAUCCACUUAUGUACCAGCCCAUAAAACCUGCCCAUAAAAAACCAAUCCUGGUAAAAACAGAUGGAAGAUAUAACCUGAAACAAAUAGCAGUGGAUCGAGUGGAAGCUGAGGAUGGCCAAUAUGAUGUCUUGUUUAUUGGGACAGAUAAUGGAAUUGUACUGAAAGUAAUCACGAUUUAUAACCAAGAAACAGAAUCAAUGGAAGAAGUAAUUCUAGAAGAACUUCAGAUAUUCAAGGAUCCAGUUCCUAUUAUUUCUAUGGAGAUUUCUUCAAAGAGACAACAGCUGUAUAUCGGAUCUGCUUCUGCCGUGGCCCAAGUGAGAUUCCAUCAGUGCGACAUGUAUGGAAGUGCUUGUGCGGAUUGCUGCCUGGCUCGAGACCCAUACUGUGCCUGGGAUGGCAUAUCCUGUUCCCGGUAUUACCCAACGGGCACUCAUGCAAAAAGGCGGUUCCGCAGACAAGAUGUUCGGCAUGGCAACGCAGCUCAGCAAUGCUUUGGACAGCAGUUUGUCGGGGAUGCUUUGGAUAAGACUGAAGAGCGACUGGCCUAUGGCAUAGAGAACAACAGUACUUUGCUGGAAUGUACCCCACGAUCGUUGCAAGCCAAAGUUAUCUGGUUUGUGCAGAAAGGACGUGACACAAGAAAAGAGGAGGUGAAGACAGAUGACAGAGUGGUCAAGAUGGACCUCGGCUUACUCUUCCUUAGGGUACGAAAAAUGGAUGCUGGGACCUAUUUUUGCCAGACAGUAGAGCAUGGUUUUGUCCAUACCGUCCGCAAAAUUACCCUGGAGGUAGUAGAAGAGGAGAGAGUAGAGGAGAUGUUUCACAAAGACUUGGAAGAGGACGGGCCUCCCAAGAUGCCUUGUCCUGCCCAGAGUAUCAUCCCACAGGGGGCAAAACCAUGGUACAAGGAAUUCUUACAGCUGAUUGGUUAUAGCAACUUCCAGAGAGUGGAAGAAUACUGUGAAAAGGUCUGGUGCACAGAUAAGAAGAGGAAAAAGCUUAAAAUGUCACCUUCCAAGUGGAAGUACGCCAACCCACAGGAGAAGAAGCUUCGUCCCAAAGCUGAGCACUAUCGCCUGCCCAGGCACACGCUGGACUCCUGA